GCCGAGGACGAUUAUGGCUCGACACCGCUUCACCAAGCUUCUGAGUACGGCUAUGGCACACUUGUACAGCAGCUUCUCGAGGCCGGCGCCGAUACGAAUACCAAGAAUACGUAUGGCUGGACGCCGCUUUACCAAGCUUCUAAGAACCGCCACGAUACGGUCGUACAGCAGCUUCUCGAGGCCGGCGCCGAUACUAAUGCCGAGGACGAGGAUGGCUGGACGCCGCUUCACCAGGCUUCUAGGAAGGGCUACGAUACGGUCGUACAGCAGCUUCUCGAGGCCGGCGCCGAUAUAAAUGCCAAGACUAAGUACGGCUGGACGCCGCUUGACUGGGUUUCUAGGACCGGCUACGAUACGGUCGUACAGCAGCUUCUCGAGGCCGGCGCCGAUACGAAUACUAAGAAUACGUAUGGCUGGACGCCGCUUUACCAAGCUUCUGGGAACGGCCACGAUACGGUCGUAUAG